AUGAAUCUACACAUACUCACCAUAAUCUCAUCAUUACUCAAAGCUGCGAUCCCGUGCCGCAUCGACAGCAACUUACAUGGCUUAUUCAAAAAACAAUCGAAUCGACUGAUGACGACAGAUGGACAAGGAAGACAAUCUUUAGUUUAUGAAGACGUUUUGAUCACAAGCACCUCAAUCAGCGACUAUGGGGAUUGCUAUUUAAAAUAUGGACAAUCAUAUAUAUUUGGAUUGAAAAGAAUGGGAAAGCCCGUAUGUUUUCGAUGUCUUACACCUAUAUCACUCUCAUCAAAUGUUCUUCAAUUAGCACACCAAUAUGAGGAAACAUGCUAUGAUACAGAAAGGGAUGCCAAAAUGACAUGUUUCGACUCGUCUUUGGUGUCGGUGACCGAUGGAGUUCUACUCUUCCGAAGCGGCACCGAGGAGCCGGCGAGCUGUAGUCCGAUCGAUGGACGAUUCGAUGUGGCCUAUCGAAUGAAUGACGCUGUAUUGAGCUGUGAAGCCAAUCAAGGGACCACUGCGGAUAAUUGCGAUGCAUCGUCAGUGAUCAGUGUGCAUUUUCGAAAUUGCAGUUUUCCAGAUUUUGAUAUGUCACUUCGUUGCAUUGGGUCUUGGAGCGAUCAGAAAUCAAAACAAAACUAUUUAAUAGUGCAAAACGAGGAAAAUGGCGAAUAUCGAUGCGGGAUCACUGUAGAGGAAUCCAACGUGAAGAAAGUAUAUUUCGGAAAUGAUUCGACUUGUUCAUCGCUAAGUGUUAAAAAUGCAUUUGACACGUACUAUUUUCAUUCAGAAGCUCAUGCGAAACCGUUCACCCCAUGCGCGUUUCCGGAAUGGAUGCUCGGCGAGUUUGAUACGAUGACAGUGUCGCGAAAUGAGCUUCAAUAUUUGCAAUAUCGAGUUGGUGCCGUUCCCUUGAUUUCCCAUUGUGUGCAAACGUUUCAAGAUCGCGUUUUGGUAUAUUCUGAAACCAAGUGCGGUGAACCUCUUGGUUAUCAUUGCCUUCUAUUCAACGCUAGAAGUCAGAAUCUCAUCGAGUUCAAGACCACAAUCCCAUCAGAUAGUUCAAAUUCAUCAGUUUGUCUAAAUGAAACCCAAUGGGACACCAUUCCUUGGACAUCGUCAGUUGUGAAGAACACCACGCCAUACUCUUGCGGGGUGUUCGGCUCAUUUGCCACAAAAAACACUUCCGAUUACUGCUAUGAUGUGAACUUUGAUUGCGAAGACGGCACUAGAAUGAGAAUAUCAGUGUUUAACUGCGAUGAUGGCAUUCCGUUUGAUUCUCGCUCAUACACCUGUCUAGCUUCGUGGAAACACGAGGACCGCCUCAUCAUUUAUGCGACACGCGGAGGCGACGACAACGAGUGUUUUGUGACUCAAUACGAAAACGGCGAGUACCACUUCGUAUCCACCGGAGAUCAAUGCGAGCGUGACUUUGACUUCGAAAACAAGAAAAAUAUUGAUUACACGAGAAUGGUUCUUUAUGAGAAGGGUUAG